AUGGUGGAACUAUCAAGCAGUGGUAAUCCGUUCACGUGGGGUGGUAUGCGGGGUACAUCUUGGAUUCAGUGCAAACUGGAUAGGUGCUUUGGUAACAAAGAAUGGCACAGAAGUUUUCCUGAUUCUAAUCAAGCUUUUUUGGACAAACGAGGAUCAGACCAUAGGCCUGUUUUGAUUAAGUUGUUUUCAUCUUCAGAGGUCUAUAAAGGAAAUUUCAAGUUCGACAAGAGGUUGUUUAAUCAACCCUUAGUCAAGGAAGCGAUUAAUCAGGCAUGGAAUAAUGCACAUGGUUGGCGAGACAAUUCAGUUUCUGAGAGAAUAAAGAGAUGUAGAAGAGCUUUGAGUAUCUGGAAAAAAGAAAACAAUUUGAAUUCUAGAGACCGGAUCAUUCAAAUUCAGAUUGCAUUAGAAGCUGAACAAUCUACUAACUUCCCUGGUGCUCAAAAAGUCUUCAUUCUCAAGAAGGAAUUAGUUAAAGCUUACCGUGAUGAGGAGUUGUUUUGGAGUCAGAAAAGUCGUGCAAAAUGGUUAAAAGAAGGUGAUAAAAACACUAAUGGUUAUCCGUGA